AUGUCCGAUCUUGGCAGCCAGACCGGCGAAGAGAUGGCACAGCGCAAAGGUGAUUCAAUUGAUUGGACUGAUGCAAAUACGACGCUUAUAUGUUCAUUGUUUGCCAAACAAGUUAACAAAGGGAAUAGACUGAACACCCAUUUGAACUCAGUAGGUUAUGAUGAGGUCAUAGAGGAUUUUUUCAACCUCAUAGGAAUUCGUUUGUCCAAGCGGCAAACGAAGAACAAAUGGGAUAAGUUGAAGCCCGAUUUUUUAGUUUGGAGGAAACUAAUGAGGAAGCAAACAGGGCCAGGAUGGGAUAGAGCAAGAGGUGUUAUUGAUACGGAUGAUGAGUGGUGGAAGAAGGCAAAAGCGGAAAUUCCAGGUUGUGGAAAGUUUAGGAAAAAACCAUUGCAAAACAAGGAUGAUUUGUCAGUGAUAUUUGGUGAUAUAAUUAAUGAUCAAUCGGAUCAUUGGAAUCCUAUGAGCACUAAUCCCAUCAUUCCGCCAUCUCAAGAGGUGCCUGGUGACGGUGACAGUGGUAAUUUGCAUGAGUUCCCUGAUGAUUGUGACCAUGAUUCUGCUGUCGGGGAUGAAUCAGAUUAUCCCCAAGAGGUUUCUCCUUCUCCUACCAUUCUGUUGGCAAACAAAAUAAACCAACUAGCCAAGAAACCAAGAAUAGGCACAGCACUAGUUAUUCAAGAGCAAGUAACUAAGAUUGCUGAGUCGGCCUCUUCUUUUACAUCUAAAAAAUUAGGUGAAGUCACUGUCCAACAAGUCAUGGACCUAGUGUUGGAAUGUGGGGUAGGCUACGAUACAGAUGAGCACUAUAUUGCUACAGAGUUAUUUGUGAAGAAGGACCAAAGGGAAAUGUUCAUGACCUUACCUACAAAUGAGAUUAGAUUUAAUUGGCUUCGCAGGAAGUACAAUGCCAAGUAUAGCAAUUGA